CUGGGCCAGGAGAAAGAGCAGAGGGGCCGGCCCAGGCUUCCUGGCUCAGACCCAGACGGGUGGAGGGCAGGACUCAUUCAUCUGGGGCCAGCUUCAGAGUGAGACGGGGAAGUGAAGCGGCUGGCCGGCCUCAGGCCCAGGGUCCGGGCUCAUAGUGGGCAGGAGCGGGUGGGAAGGAACCUCUCCAGAUUUCCUCCUUCUGGGCUGGGCCUAUAGGGAACCUGUGCUGAUAGUUUUAUUUCGCGGAGGGAAGUAAGAGAGCCUGGCAAGGCGGGAGCUUCAAGAGAGCUGAGGCAAACUGUCUCAAUCUGCUUCCAUCGACCCCAGCCCAGAACUCUCGGGACUGGAGAGCCGCCUGUCCAGCCCGGGGCACCCCAUCCUCAGCCUUUCGAGGAAGAGGGAGGAUCCAGGACAAUGGCUACUACUCAUGAUUUGGAGAUGGAGGAGGUGAGUCUGAAUAUGGAAAGAGACAUGAAAGAAGAACCAGAUGAAGAAAAGAAAAUGAGAGAUGAUGAGGAAGGUAAAGAUCGCUCCAAGAGAAAAAAGGUCCACAGGGUGGUUUCAAAAUGGAUGCUUCCUGAAAAGUCCCGAAAUACAUACUUGGAGAGAGCUAACUGCUUUCCACCCCCCAUCUUCAUCAUCUCCAUCAGCAUUGCUGAGCUGGCAGUGUUUAUUUAUUAUGCUGUGUGGAAGCCUCAGAAACAGUGGAUCACCUUGGACACAGGCAUCUUGGAAAGUCCCUUGAUCUAUAAUCCUGCGAAGAGGCAGGAAGCCUGGAGGUUUAUCUCGUACAUGCUGUUACAUGCUGGAGUUCAGCACAUCUUGGGGAAUCUUGUCAUGCAGCUCGCUUUGGGUAUUCCCUUGGAGAUGGUUCACAAAGGUCUCCGAGUGGGGCUGGUGUACCUGGCAGGAGUGAUUGCAGGCUCCCUUGCCAGCUCCAUCUUUGACCCACUCAGAUACCUCGUGGGCGCUUCAGGAGGAGUUUACGCUCUCAUGGGAGGCUAUUUUAUGAAUGUUCUAGUGAAUUUUCAAGACAUGGUACCUACUUUUGGAAUUUUCAGACUGUUGAUUGUCAUCCUUAUUGUUGCAUCAGACAUGGGCUUUGCUCUUUAUAGAAGAUUUUUUGUCCCUGAAAAUGAGUCACCGGUAUCUUUUGCAGCCCAUAUUGCAGGUGGAUUUGCUGGAAUGUCCAUAGGUUACACUGUGUUUAGCUGCUUUAAUAAAGCACUGCUGAAAGAUGCAAGGUUUUGGAUAGCCAUUGUAGCUUAUUUAGCCUGUGUUUUAUUUGCUGUGUUUUUCAACAUUUUUCUAUCUCCAGCAAACUGACCUGCUCCUAAGGUAUGCUG